CCCCUCUACUCCCCACGCAAUCAUUCAUUCUCUCCUUUUUCAUUUUUUAUCCGAAGCCAAUACCCCCAGAAUUUUCACAAACGAAAUGCGACCGCAGCCGCAGGCGACCGGUGAGCGCCUGGUGCGGUUGUCCCCGCAGCUUUCGUCAGGGGAACCAGAAAUGUCUUCCACUUCAACGUCUACGUGUAGCCCCCAUACUUGCAGGUGGCGGUCUUACCCAAAAUCGAAUGACUUGGAAGCUAAUGUAGCCACGGUGUUGAUCAUUCUCUUUUGUGGUUUAAUAUGUUCUUUGGCUCUUAACGCCGCCAUCCGCUGCUUCUUGCGUGGCAGUGAGGGCCGCCGCCCGCGUCAUUUCCGCAACGACAUUGCGGAAGCAGAUGAAGAAGUUGAGCAGAGAAAGCCCGUGGGGGAGGCAGGUGCGGCACUCAUGGUGGGGGCUCCGACGCUGGUUUACACGAGCGGGAUGAAGUUGGCGGGAGCGGAAGCUGAAUGCGCGAUUUGCUUGUCUGAAUUCGUGGAGGGAGAGGGAAUUCAAGUGUUGGCAAAGUGUAACCAUGGAUUCCAUGUACAAUGCAUCCAGCGGUGGUUAUCUUCCCGCUCAUCUUGUCCUACUUGCCGCUGUAGUUGUCUUUCCCCACCGCCGUUAACGGAAGAAACCACAAACAACAGUUCACAAUCGACGAUGCCGGAGCCGGAGCCAUAGCAUAUAUCUUUCGCUGCUCUUCACAGCGUAUGCAUGUAAACUGUUACAUAUAACAACAGUACAAAUGAUCGUUGGUUGAGCAUAAGCAAUGUUCCUAUCAUUUAUUCUUCAUAUUGGAGAUAAUUUUGGCAUCUACAUAUUAGAGCUGCCCUUAUUCCCUUUUAUCUUUUCAAGGGAGAAGCUCUUCCGUCCUUGUUUUUAUUUAUUUAUAAAGCUCGAAUUCCAAAUUUUAUUCUUC